AUGUUAACUUCGUCACCAUCAAUACCAGGAGCUACAAGCGCAUCGCCUAGAACCUUUCACUAUGCAACCUCUCGCUCUCCCCAACAAUCGCCUAAGAUAACGGUACCCUUACCGCGCCGCCAGUCCAGACACUCUCUAUCGCGCACCUCGCCUUCGACACCACUACGAUCCCCGUCGCUCUCUAAGCCGAAACAAUAUGUUGGAGUUGAUGCAGCUACGCAGUACUCACCUAUGGAGCCAUUCGACCCUACGGUCCCGUUACGGUCCGCCCAAGUAUCGGGACCGAGGAUAUCGAGCUCCACAGCCUCAGCGAUAACGAAGACGACGAGCCAGCCCAAACAGCAAUCUACCGCACCAGAUAAUACCCCCGGGCCAAGUUCGACACCGAAUAGCUCUUCCAAAAUCGAAUUCCAAACACUUUCUCCCAAUAAGAGACGCAAGUCGCAAGAUCCCAUGACGAUCGACCCGUCUUCAUCGGUGGUAGCAUUAAGCCAGCCGAGCUCCCCAAAACGAUCAAAACCUAACGAAUGCCCUCCCAAGGUACUGCCUCUGAGAUACGAAUUAUGUGAUAGGGAGGACAUGGUAGUCCUAAUCUCAAAUAUGCUUGGGGAGCUUAUCGAGACAAAUGACUCGAUAGCCAUGAAAAGUGGCCAUCUUACAAGGUUUCAUUCUAGGACGGCACCGGGUAUAUCAGUAUUAGAUUAUUUACAGCGACUUGCGAAACACGCCACUCUUACCCCUCCUCUUCUCCUAUCUAUGGUAUCCUAUAUUGACCGCCUAUGCGAGGAUUACCCCGACUUUACUAUUAAUACCUUGACAGUACACCGGUUCCUCAUUACCGCCGCCACGGUUGCGGGCAAGGGCUUAUCAGAUUCGUUUUGGAAUAAUUCGUUCUAUGCACGCGUGGGGGGCGUGAAGGUGGCAGAAUUAAAGCUACUGGAACUCGAUUUUCUAACUCGAGUGGACUGGAGGAUAGUCCCAAAACCCGAGUUACUAGAGGCCUACUAUAAAGGCCUGGUUGCGCGUUGUGCGGGGUAUGUCUUGGAAGGGGACCAGUCAUCUUCAUCUGAUGAUGGCGACGAAUCCGAAGAGGCAGGAACUUAG